AUUUUACAAAAAGAAGUGCAGCAGACUUUGGGUGAACCAGAUUCAAACAAAAGUUUUGUAUUUUUCCAAAUAAAAAGACUUGUAGUCUUGUUCGAAUCAAAUGUCUCCUUCAAUCUUGGAGCUUAAGCCUCCUGUCUCCAAACAUUGCAUCAUUUUUUUAUUCCUAAAAAAAAAAAGAUCAAAGCUUUUUAAAAUAUUUAUGUUUUGCAACUUCUCUUUCUUCGCAUUGUGCUCAUGUAGGCUUAGCAAUAGCAAUAGCAAAGCAAAGCAAAGCAAAGCUCUCCCCUUUUCCUUGGGUAACCUUUGCUUUGCGCGUUGAAACUGUAAACAGAAGAGCUUUUAGAGAUAGAGAGAGAAAGAGAAAGGAAUGCACAUACAUUGCUUCCCGCGUUUUCCAUGUCCCAAUCCUCAUUUUUCUCAUGCGUGCAAGUUAUUCUGAAAUCUCUUUAAAAUUUAAAGGAAAAACAAAAAAAAAAAGAGCUCCCCUCCUCGUCAAAAGCUCUCUUUUUUUAUUCUUUCUCUUUCUAAUCUCUUGGUUCUUAACGGUUUUGAGUCUCUUUAAGCUUCUUCAAUCUCUCGCUCGCCUCUCCUUCAUUUUCUCUCUCAUAUCCGCCACUAAUUGCUUUUUGUUGCUUACUUUCUUAGUUUUCAAGAAAACCCAUCAACUUUUCUGCCUCAUUUUCUUUCCUGUUAAUGGCAGUGUUUCUCUUCUGAUAGGAUUCAAACCUCCCUCCUCCUUGUUCUCUAUUUGGGUUCUUAAAAGUUAACAAGUGUUCAAGAUCCUAAUGAUUUUUUCUUGAGUGGGGCGGUUUACUUUGGUAAAGUAGAGGUCGUGUUCCGGUUUGUUGUAUCAUAUGUGUAUUUUCUGGUAUCUGAUCUGACAGAACUAUGGGAAAUCAUACGAGCAAGAAGACAUCUGAAACAUCAUCAACGAUCAAUCUUAGUGGCAAUUUACCGUACACAACUGAAUUGAGCUCCUAUGAAGCUGCUUGCAAGCUAGACACGGACUUGCAAACCUUUGACACUAACGUCCAAGCUCGAACCAAUCAAGUCAUCAACACUCUGGCAGUUGGUGUCGAAGUCCGAGCUCUUUCAUUUGAUUCUCUGAAAGAGGUAACCGAAUGUCUUCUGGAGAUGAAUCAAGAGGUUGUUAAAGUUAUCUUAGAAUGCAAGAAAGAUAUAUGGAAGAGUCAAGAAUUGUUUGAGCUUGUGGAAGAGUAUUUUGAGAAUAGCUUGCAAACUCUUGAUUUUUGUUCUGCACUAGAGAAGUGCCUGAAGCGUGCUCGUGACAGCCAAUUGCUUAUCCUUGUUGCGUUACAACAAUUCGAGGAAGAAAGUGAGGUUGGUGGGAGUAGGUAUGUGAGAACAUCGGAAGAACUGAAGAAUUUCAAGGCAGCUGGUGAUCCUUUCACUGAGGAGUUCUUUCAAAUCUUUCAAUCUGUUUACAGGCAGCAAAUAGCAAUGCUCGACAAAUUGCAACUUCGAAAGAACAAGCUUGACAAGAAGCUCAAGUACAUUCAUGCUUGGCGUAAGGUCUCAAGUAUGAUAUUUGUUGCCACAUUUGCUACUGUGUUGAUUUGUUCAGUUGUGGCAGCCGCAAUGGCUGCUCCUCCAGUUGCUGCAGCUCUCGCUGCUGCAACUUCUAUUCCUUUGGGUUCAAUGGGGAAGUGGAUUGAUUCCCUCUGGAAAAACUAUGAAAAUGCCUUGAAAGGACAGAAGGAAGUGAUAAGCUCAAUGCAAGCAGGGACAUAUGUGUCUAUUAAAGACCUGGAUAACAUCCGGGUUCUCAUUGACCGGUUGGAGAUUGAUAUUGGAGCCCUCUUGCAAAAUGCAGAGUUUGCAAUUGAGGAAGAAGCUGUGAAGAUUGGGAUAGACGAAAUCAAAAAGAAGCUGGGAGUGUUUAUGAAGAAUGUGGAGGAUUUGGGGCAACAAGCUGAUAUCUGUAGCCGGGAUAUAAGGAGAGCAAGGACCGUGGUUCUGCAGAGGAUCAUAAAACAUCCCAACAACUGAAAAUAUUGAGGUCCCUGUUGUUAAGUCCUGGAAAUUUACCUGCUCCAUUCGAUGCUGACGAUGUUGACAACAACAACAACAACAAAAAUGAUGAUAUCGAUUGAUUUCCAACAUUCUGUUUUCAGACUCUACAUCUGCAUGUUUGUUCUGGUUCAUGUGUUCUAAGAAAAUAAUCCAAGACUAGUGUUGACUUACGUCAUGCCCUUUAUUUGUUUAGGUCACAGAUACUGUUGUUUUCCGUUUUCGAAAUGUUCUUUUAUUCAAUGUAAUUAUUGGAUUACACAUUUUUAUUUUAAAGGUCUGUUUCACGCUUUCAUUAUUGUCAAAA